UUUAAAGACACUUAUCAUUCAGCAGUCCAUUUUGGACAAGCAGGAUUACCAAAGAUUCGAAGUUGUCUAUUACUAGAGAUUUUUUUCUCUCGUUAUCCAAUUGAGAGAAAGGAGAAAAAAAUUCAACGACCGUCCGCCUACGCCGAAGUGUAGAAUAUUGGGUGUAAAACAUAAACUUUGGCAGAGUUUAUAUGACGUGAAUAACGCUCUCAAGAGCUCUUUGGCAGCCAGAUUAUCUGAAAAUCAAACCAUGUGAGAGAGCUGCUGUACAAAAGCUCCGAAAUAUGCUGGACUGCCCACAUUUCCUGGGAGGUGGUGUUCGCCGAGGAAACUCGGGUUACCAGCCGCCUGGGAACGGUACAACUCCAGGAGGAAGCUUCAUACCCGGUCACCAGUGAGAGGUAUGAAGCAUCGUACAGGACAUGGAGCCAGCUAAUGACGAAUAAACGUACAUUUUACGAGUGCACGGAAGUUUUAACGCUUGUAAGAGCAGUCAGUAGAUUUCCACCAAGUGGUUUCACUCGAGCGGAUCAAGCGCCAUUCAAUAGGUUUUGCCUCCAAUGGACAUCAAAACAGUCCCAUAGACCGGCGGAAUGGAGACGAUCCAUCCCCUAAACAAAGAGGUGUCGCCCCUCAAUUCUGAGAAGCUGACGCCGGAAACUCUCAAGGAGGACGAGGAUUACAAAGAAAACGGAGUUUUGAUCCAGAGCCCCAGAUCUAGUCACAAGGUCCCCGAGGAGGGCAGCAAAGCACCCUCCAACUUGUGGGAAAAGGACGAAACUGGCAACGUAUCCAAUAAUUAUUCGGCUGUUCAGAGCCCAGUUGGACCCAAUGGUAACAGUGACGAAGCUGACGACCCUUGUCGCAUUCCCUCGGACGCCUAUGGACUGCAGGAGCUGGAUAAACCGGUUCCAGGCGGUCGAGAAACUUGGGGCAAAAAAGGAGACUUUUUGCUCUCGGUCAUAGGCUACGCGGUUGACCUCGGCAAUGUGUGGCGAUUUCCAUACAUCUGUUACCAAAACGGAGGCGGUGCUUUCCUCUUCCCAUAUCUUCUGAUGGCUGUGUUUGGUGGUAUCCCACUCUUUUACAUGGAGUUGGCACUAGGACAGUACCAUAGAAGUGGAGCCAUUUCAAUAUGGACAAAGAUAUGUCCAAUUUUCAAAGGGAUUGGAUAUGCAAUCUGUAUCAUAGAUCUAUAUGUUGCCUUUUACUACAAUACCGUUAUGGCCUGGGCUCUGUACUACCUCUACUCAUCAUUUACUUCUAAGCUCCCAUGGACCAACUGUAACAAUGCAUGGAACACUGGAAACUGUACUAACUACUUCCUAAAGGAUAAUGCCACGUGGACAAAGUUCUCUGCCUCUCCUGCUGAAGAAUUUUAUACUCGCCAAGUACUUAAGAUCCAUAAAUCAAAUGGGUUGGAUGAUUUGGGUGGCAUCAGCUGGCACUUAGUUCUUUGUCUGCUCCUUAUAUUUACUGUGGUAUACUUCAGUAUCUGGAAAGGCAUACGGACUUCUGGAAAGGUUGUAUGGGUAACAGCCAUUCUUCCCUAUAUAGUGCUGUUUAUUCUCUUGGUGCGGGGUGCUACCCUGCCGGGGGCCUGGCGUGGAAUCCUUUUCUAUCUAAGGCCGGAGUGGAAAAAACUGUUGAGCACCCAGGUGUGGAUAGAUGCUGCAACACAGAUUUUCUUCUCACUUGGCCCAGGAUUUGGUGUUCUGUUGGCGUUUGCCAGCUAUAACAAAUUCACCAACAACUGUUACAUGGAUGCAUUGGUUACCAGCACUGUGAAUUGCUUGACCAGUUUCUUGUCUGGCUGUGUUAUUUUUACCAUCCUUGGGUAUAUGGCAGAAAGGAGGAAUGAAGAGGUAGCUGAUGUGGCCAAAGAUAUCGGACCCAGUCUACUUUUCAUCACUUACGCAGAGGCAAUGGCCAACAUGCCUGCAUCAACGUUUUUUGCCAUAAUAUUUUUCCUAAUGCUGAUCACUUUGGGUUUAGACAGCACGUUUGCAGGUCUGGAAGGAGUGAUAACGGCAGUAUUGGAUGAAUAUUCAGUGUUAUUUAGAAAACACCGCGAAUGGGUUGUGCUUGGCCUGGUUGUGGUUUGCUUUUUGGGAGCUAUGAGCACCCUCACAUUCGGUGGGGCAUAUGUGGUGAAAUUCUUUGAAGAAUAUGCUACAGGAGCUGCUAUUAUUGGUGUGGUGUUUCUGGAGUCAAUAGCUGUGUCUUGGUUUUAUGGAAUGAAACGUUUUUGCCGGGAUAUUAAAGAGAUGCUUGGUUUCAGUCCAGGCUUGUUCUGGCAGAUAUGCUGGGUUGUUAUUAGCCCACUUUUCCUUCUGUUCAUCAUUGUCAGUUUCCUGUCAACUCAGCUGGAAGUUAAGCUCUUUGACUACACCUACCCUUAUUGGACUGCAGUGAUUGGCUACUGCCUGGGCGUUUCAUCAGUUAUCUGUGUUCCAUCCUAUAUGGUUUACAAAAUUAUAAUUACUCCAGGGACAUUUAAACAGAGGAUCUUGAGAAGCAUAACUCCUGAAGUUGAAGAAAAUGGAACUCCUAAUUCUGGUAUCCAUCUGAAUGCUAUUUAAAACAGCCAUUAUAUGUGUUCUUAACUUCUUGGACUGACUGCUCAGAUCAGCAAAUGGUAUUGCAAGAUCAAAAUCUGAACCCAGAGUAAUAAGACACACAUGUUCAGAGUGAGCCUCAAGCUACAUCUUUAGUGAUAUCAGUAUUUCCUUCAUAUUGUACUGGUACAUAUUAAGUAUUGAUAUAAACAUAUUCAAACACAAAUGUAAACUUAAUGAUAAACAUUCCAGUUUCUCCUUACUGCCCAUUGGGCUACUCUUUAUAAAAAGAAUGAAUACCUAGUGACUGCAGACUGUUUCUACGUUCUAUAAUGUAGCUUUGUGUAUUUUAAUUGGGAAAAUAAUAUUUGUAUUUAUAGAUAAGCAACUUUUCAUUGAAAUACAACAUCAGAAUUUUUUUUCAUGACCAACCUUUCAAAGCCCCAUUUCAAGGUUAAUUAUAAAUUUGCAUUGAAUGCAAGCUGAAUUUUUGUUGGACUGUAAUGUUUACUUGAAGUUAUGCCUUGUAUACUUGCUUAAAAUUGUAUAUUUUUCAUUUUUAAUCUGUGAAGAUAUUACUUCACAUCUGUGUUCUGGGUGCCUUAUUUUUUAAGUUAAGUUUUCUAAAUAAAUAAACAUUCAAAGUCACUCAAAGAAAGAUAACUGGAAGAGAUAGUAAACAUUUGUUUUGAUAAAAUAAGUGGAUUUUCUGUUUUAAAUGUUUUGCAAGAAAUGAAUAAUAUAAUUUUUACAAGGCAUUCCAAUAUAAGACAGAUUUGGGUACUUCAGUGCUUUCUCAUCAAACAGCAUUAGUAUUUUAAUGUAAAUGUGUCAAAAAGUUAAAUGAGAUAUAUAGUAACCUUAUUGCUGGAUGGCAUAUAAUCAAAUUUUCUGGACACCAAACUGCUUUGCAGGCAUUUUGGGCACAGCAAACUCACUCAAACAACAUGACAAUAACUAAACAAUGUUAGUUACGUGAUGCGGGGUUCUAAGAUAAAUGUUGGCCAGGAUAGUCAAAAUAAGUUAUUUUGCAGCCAGAUGGUGAAUAUAAUAGUUAUUCUUGUACAUCUGAAUGACCUGUUCACAAUUUAUAUUGUAUUUACUCAUUUCUAUUCAUCCCAGGGAUGGCAAAUAAAAGCAGCAAGAGAUCCAUACUUACUCUAAUUAUCUAUUAAAUGCUUUUUGUCCUCAACAACCACUGCAAAUGAUUAGUCAAAGACUUCAUGAUCGAACAAAGUUUUCCAUCUUGAGAUGAAAGUUUAAUUUUGCAAUAAGAAUAUUAAGCCUUAUUGCAAAAAGACAAAUAGAAUAGAUUGAAAUUGCAGUUAUUACUUUGUUGUAUUGUCCAUACCCUUUAAAGGGCAAUAUUUCUCAUAUAAGUCACGAUAUUGUCAAAAGCAGCUUGGUCUGAUGCAGUAAAAAAAAAAUACACUUGUAAUUGUUUCCCCACUUACCUGUUUUCUCUUCUCGCAUCAUCCAGCAAUGUGUGUUCUUGUCAUUUGCUUUUUAAUGUAAGCCACUUUCUUUGCAAUAGCUAGAGAGGACACAAUGAAUUAGCUGCUGUAUCCCUUGCCAUUACUGUUACUUGUACCAACAGGAAACAGGUUAGACACAAGAUCAAAAGUAGUUUAAUGAAAAUCAAUAAAAAAUACUCCUGCACCAGACAGGAUGUCUAACAAACAGUGCAGAACUAGAAUUAAUUGGCACGGGCGAAAAUGUCCCCUUAAUAUAAAUAUUCUCUUUGGGGUUUGUUGCCAUGCAGUCAAAAUUUCGAGCCAGGAUUGUUAGCAUCAGAAUAUAUUUGUAUGUAAACUUAAUUUGAUAUUACUCAGACAUAACGUGAAUAUUGUAAAAGUUGGCUAGCUUAUGAGAUGUACAUCUGAAAGACUUUACUUAUAGUGCAGCAAAAUGCUCCAUCUAGUGGCCUAUAAAUCCUUCACAGAUUAACCUCAAAUACAUAGUGGGCACAAACCUGAUAGUAUUUCCAUGUUUGUGAGAUUGAUCUGGAACUGAUUGUAUCAAGCCAUUUUUGUACAUCUACUGUAUUUGUUGCUCAAGUCUGUAAAUUUAUUGAAACUGCUAUUCAUGUGUAACUGACCAAUGUAUUUGUCCAGCUUUUGUAUGCAAAUUAUUUCUAAAUUGUAGUAUUUAUGCAGAUGUAUGCCUCCUGUUACAGGUAUCAUUUUAC